UGAAAAAGAAGCCACUUAUGGUAAUUUAAUAAAGCAAGCUUCUCUGAGGUCAACCCUAAACCGAGGCGAAGUGUGUCAAGCAGGGUUCCCGAUGAUAACAAGAACACUCUUCCGGUUCAAAUUCACAAGAGAAAACAAAUAUGGUGGCCUUUGACAUCUCUCUCCAGGGAUCAGAAUACGAAAGCAAAUGGUCCUUACGCAAAGGUCAAUAUCUGCUCAGUUUGGACAAACAAGGCUUUAUUUUCUCUUGUCCAGCCAAAAGUGUUUCUAUUGUGAAAACUCUGGUGAAGAAAAGUGGAACCCGUCAAAAAAGUCGCAAGGAAGGAGAUUAUUAUUUUCUUCAAUUUGGCGAAUCGUGUCCAAGAGGAUCUGGAGUGAUUCGAAUCUUUUCAUCUCAGGUCUAUGAAAUUGCUGCGGCUGUGGAGUUUAUGUUAAAACAUAACCAGCCUAAGCCUAAAGCCAGUCAGACUCUCGAUCGGGACAACAAAAGAGUCCAUGUUCAAUCAAUGAAGGCCCAACCACAAACCGUGGGGGCUGAGCAUUCUUCUUCAGAAAAAGGCAUGUUCAAGUGGAUUCAUUCGGCAUGGAAGAAAAUCUCAUCUAAAAAGACCAAAGAGCCACCAACAUCAAUGCCAAACACGCCACUUCCAAUCAGAAGAGAUUCUCUCGAGCCUGAAGAAGCGUAUGAGCCAGGAUCAAAUAGCGAUUGCAACUACGAAUAUGAGUACGUGUAUGAAUAUUGCGCUCCAGUCAUCGACCGAAGUUUAAAAUGGCAUAAAAAUAGCGCCGCUGCCACGGAAUAUUGUGAGGAUAUCUUGGUACAAGUGGACCCUGCAACCAAUGGCCGUGUGUUGGUGAAUGAAAGGGACAUCUAUUCCACAUCACAAGCUCCCCGUAAGCUUGGGAAGGUUGGCCCCCCUCAAAACAAUCCACAGCCAGCUCAUGAACCUGAUCUAUAUAACUAAAUGUGGAUGGAUUCAGGUGUUGCAAGUGUUGCAGGUUGCAGGAGGAGUUAAAGCAUUUCGCGUUUGGAGCGCUUGGGAUUUUCCCUAGAAAUAAUGACUAAUAUCAUUCAUGUCGAGUUCACAAAUGAAAAACAUGAUGAAUAAAAGAGAUGAGAAGCCUACCGGGUUGAAGCGAAUAUUUUCAUCCAUUUAGGAGUCUGAGCUCCAGAUUUGUUAUCGUCCUGAUUGGGAAAUCCGACAGAACCGAAUUCUAAAUGUUGCUUGUAUCGUCGUUGUAUUAUGUCGUUUUCUAAAUUGAUCCGUUUUCUUAUAAGCAUUGAUUGAACAAGAUUCAAAAAGUGAAUAACACACACUGAUACAGCUAAA